AAACUCAUAUCUUUAUUGCAAACAAAGAAGGAGGAGCCGUUGAGACUACAAAAUGACUGCAGAAGAAAACCCUUUUGUAUCUGACACCUCUUCUCUGCAGAACCAGCUUAUAGAAAAAGAGAAAGAGCUUUUGGCUGCUAAAGCUGAAAUUGAGGCUUUGAGAACAAAUGAAGGGCACAAAGACAGAGCCUUUAAGGAGCUUAGAGAAAACGUGAGGAAGUUGGAGGAGCAACUUGGAGCCACCGAGAAUCUUGUUGACCAAAAGGAGGUGGAGAUGAAGAAGCUGGAAGAAGAGAAGGAAGAUGCAUUGGCGGCACAGGACGCUGCAGAAGAAGCACUAAGGAGGGUUUACACUCACCAACAGGAUGAUGACUCUCUUCCCCUUGAAUCCAUCAUAGCUCCUCUUGAAGCUCAGAUCAAGUUUCACAAGCAUGAGAUUUCAGCACUUCAAGAGGACAAGAAAGCGUUGGAACGUCUGACAAAAUCAAAAGAAUCGGCACUUCUUGAAGCAGAGAGAAUCUUGAGAAGUGCCCUUGAACGUGCUUUAAUCGUUGAAGAGGUCCAGAACCACAACUUUGAACUUCGACGACAGAUUGAGAUAUGCCAGGAUGAGAACAAGUUUCUUGAGAAAAUCAACCGCCAGAAAGUGUUGGAGAUUGAGAAGCUCUCCCAAAGCAUUGUAGAAUUGGAGGAAGCAAUCUUGGCAGGAGGAACAGCCGCCAAUGCAGAAGAGAAGAGAACCUUGGAGAGAGAGCUGGCCAGAGUUAAAGUAUCAGCAAGUAGAGUGGCCCUUGCCGUUGCUAACGAGUGGAAAGAUGAGAACGAUAGAGUCAUGCCCGUAAAGCAAUGGCUUGAAGAAAGAAGGAUUCUCCAUGGAGAAAUGCAGAAAUUGAAAGAUAAACUAGCUGUUUCCGAGAGAACAGCUAAGGCAGAAUCUCAGCUAAAGGAGAGGUUGAAGCUGAGACUGAAAACCAUAGAAGAUGGUUUAAAGGGCCCAAACACGUUUAAAGUCUUUCCAACUACAAAGACUGAAAAACCUGGCAAGAUUUUAGGAUUCUUGACGAGUGGUGGUGGAUCAAAGAAAAGGUCUACUUCAGGCUCAAUUACUGGCAGAAUCCAUGCCCUGAAUCAGCCGAUUCACAUAGUUGCAGAAAGUGAUGAAAAGGAGAAUUCAAAGAUUACAGCAAACGGAUUGACUGAUCAGCACGAAGAAGAUGGCAAAAGGAAAGCAGAGGAAGAUGGAAAUGUAGAGUCUGAAGAUAUGGUUUCAGGGUUUUUAUAUGACAGGCUUCAGAAGGAAGUAAUUGCUUUAAGGAAGAUUUGUGAGAGUAAAGAGGGUACUAUUAAUGCCAAAAAUGAAGAAAUCAAGAUGUUGAUGAAGAAAGUGGAUGCUCUAACGAAAGCCAUUGAAGUUGAGACAAAGAAGGCAAAGAGGGAAGCCGCAGCGAGAGAAAAGGAAAAUGCAUUGGCAGUGUUGAAUGAAGAGUCAAAACAAUGUAGAAAGGCAAAACUACCAAGAAGCCGCGUACCCAAUCCACGUUGCCAGUAGAGGAAGAAGAAGCUUAUGGGAUUGAAGAUACUAUAUAAUAUGGUCUAAUAUUAGGUUGUUCUGUACAUAUUGAGUGUUGGAUUAUAAGAAAGUGAAAACUAAAGC